AUGGCCGUGGUGGUGGCCGCGCCGGUGGAGAUGGGGCUCGAUGCGGAGGCGGGACGCGGCGGGGCCGGGGGUGAGAUGCCAUUGGAGGUCGCUGGGAAUGAGGUGGUGCCGCCGGUCGAGGUCGGCGGGGAGGGGGUGCUGCCGCCGGUCGAGAGAAGGAGAAGGGGGAAGGGGGUGAAGUGGCUGGGGCAUUACUCCUCCGCGCAGGACAUACUGCUCGUCGGCGACGGGGACUUCUCCUCGCUGGCGCUGGCCACCGCGUUCGGCUCCGGCGCCAACCUCGUGGCCACGUCCCUCGACACCUACGAGGAUCUGAAGGACAAGUACAGCAAAGCAGAGUCAAAUCUAACAGAGCUGAAAAGAUUGGGUGCCACAUUGUUGCAUGGCGUUGACACGAAAAAAAUGAAGUUGCACCCUGACUUGAAGAACAGAAAAUUUGAUCGAAUUAUCUUUAAUUUUCCUCAUGCUGGCUUCAAAGGAAAAGAAGACGACUUGCAUAUGAUCAACUUGCACAGGGAGCUGGUGCGGGGCUUCUUCAACAACGCGCUUUACCUUCUUCGGCCUUAUUGUGAAAUCCAUAUUAGGCACAAGACAGGAGGGGCGUAUGACAGAUGGGAACUUGAAGACCUAGCUUCCAAGGCUUCUCUUAUUCUGGUUGACAAAGUCGCUUUCCGACAGGAAGAUUACCCAGGGUAUAACCAAAAGAGAGGAGAUGGUGCAAGGUGCGAUGAAGCUUUCGAUCUAGGCACAUGUUUCACAUUCAAGUUCCGGAUCAGAGACUAUCGGAAGAAACUGAAUGAAAACAUGACUAGUUCAAUCUCAUUCCUUGGAAGCAUGACCCAAGCAACUGAAACAGGCCCAUUUCACCUGUUUCCGCCUGAUGAAGCUUGGCCUCGGCAACAUCUUCCUCCACCACUUACCACAGUUCAAAUGCCGAUAGCUCUGGAGCCUUACAGGGUUGCUCAAAGGCAAUAUCCGGAUUUUAGACUGAACUUUGAUGGCAUAGUGAGAGACCCGUAUAAUCAUCAACAGGGCAAUGCCCAGCCAAUGAUCAGAACUCCACAGCCAUCUCUGAGGGCUCUGCCCGAUCCAGGCGGCACCAUUCGCCCACCUAUGAGCAGAAUCCCAUGUCCUGAUCUCCUUGCACCUGAGGAGCCUUGGUAUCGACAUAAACCUACUGCUGAUGCUCGAGGGAGGGAUCACUCUUGCAGCGCGUGGGAACACCCGUGGAGUCUGCAUAGGGAACACCAGCGGGGUCUGCAGAGGGAGUGUGAAAUGCAGGGACUGGUGAUGCCCGCGGCGACCAGCUUGAGACAUUUGGCAUUGUUGGAACGUCAACAGAGUUACAGGGAGUUUGUUCAGAAGGAGCAGCUGCGAAGAAUGGUUGCGUUGUAUGGUUGUAUGCCGUGAAGUGUCUUUGGGAGGUGUAUGUGUAGAGCUCCAGAAUAGAGGAGCCGGGGCUUUCCAAAUCACACUUACUAUGUUCGGUGUGACCAGUCAUGGGUCAUCAGAGUUUUGUGUUCCAGACUUCCAGGCGUGAUCACUCACUCAUCAGUGUUUUGUGCCCUGGGCUUGUACAUUUUCCUAUUAACUGUUUACUCUGGUUCUGGCUGACAUGAGGAACUGACUUACUAGCAUGCAUA